AGAGAAAAAAAAAGGAGUCGAGCCACUAAAGUUGAGGUAAUCUGAAGGUUUUUAGGCUGGACGGCAAUCAAAUUUGAGAAUGUUCUAUAGAGAGAUCAAAAUUAGAGUGCAAAAAGAAAGGUCAAAAUGAUUCAGUAAUAAGACAUAAGUUCCAUUUACCAUUCUUGUGUUAGAAUAUUCUAAUUUAGCUUAAACAAUUGAUGCGAUGUAAUGUAGUCUGGCAUUAUAGAAAAACACCUUAAACAGGUUGCCAGAUAGAACCAGCAAAUCAGCUAUUCACAACUUACCCACACAAAUGGAAGAAUCCUUAGUGCAGAUACAGGCUGGUUUCGUUAUUUUCUUUCUUUUUUUUUUUUCUUAAAAGAACCCAGCUUGGAAAAUAAUAAUCAUAAACGGAUGCUACUAAAAAGCUAAUCAGAAAAUUUUAAGGCCACAUGGGUUAGUGGGUCCUCUAAACUUGCGGGUAUUAUUCUACAUUCAGCAUCAUUAACGACCCUUUCUUGAUUACUCCAUUUUUAAGCUAUAAAUAACAUAUGCUAACUCCUCCUCCACAGUAUUUCGCAAAAGCUUACCCUCAGACACGUUUCUGAAUACUUUUCCAGGCUAAGUUCCGAGAAAGAAACAUUACAGUACACAGAUAAGAGGAGAUUAAUGGCUGUUUCUAGAAUAUCAUUUGGCCUUUUCGCCACCAUCGCUACAAUUUACGCCAUCAUGUUGCCUUUGGCUCAUGGCCAAGCUCCUGCUCCUUCACCCACAAGCGACGGCACCUCCAUAGACCAAGGAAUAGCUUACGUUCUAAUGCUAGUGGCCUUGGUGCUGACUUACCUAAUUCAUUGAUCCAUCAACUUCCUUGAUGAGUUUGCAUUAAUAUUCUGGAGAAGAUGUAAUCACUUAAAUUUUGUGGUUAAUAAAAUUGUAUCUUCUUAAUUAAUUUUUUGAGGCUGUUGAAGGCAUGCACGAAGAGCAUUAGAUUUCUAUUGUCAGACGAUGAUUAAUGUCUUCGUGCUACUGAUUUCGUUUGGGCUGUGCAUUCGUUUUGUACUUCUGAUUAAACCAAAUCUACUCAGAUGAUAAACCAAAUCCUUUUCUCUU